AUGCGUGUUUCCCUUAUAUUCCUGUUAGCUGUCGCUGUACUGGUUAUCGCGGCCAAAAAGCCAAAGACCCUGAAAGAGUAAGAUACCUAUUUAAUAUUCAAAUUUAAUUAGACGUGCCAAGAGAGAGGUGGGCAAAGCGGCCAAAUAUGUGGAAGACAAGUCUAGAGGAGUGCAAGAACAUUUCAGGCCAGACGAACCCACUGACGAGUUCGUUCCUCAUGAAGAACUUGUCCACCAAGAAGACCAGUAUGGGGAACCUAAAAAGAUUGUAAAACCCAAGAGUUUGAAGGUGUUGAGUGCUUAUGAACAAUGCAAGUUGGAGUGUAAAAAGCAAAGAGAUCAAGAAAAUGCUCAAGAGGUAACUUAAUGUCCAUGAAUAACUUUUUAAAUAUGUAAUGAUAAAGAGUAAUGACAAAUUCUAAAAAAAGUUAAUUUAGUAUGUUGAAAGACUCCGCGAUGAAUUAAGACAAGCCGAAGAACUGAUUGCCAACCAAAAGACCCACGAAUCAGAAUCCCUUUAA